GUUAUAAAAAAGACGAAAUGGUUUCGAAACAAAGUGUUAAUUAUGAACAUAAGUUUGAGCUACAGUCUGAACUAGAAAGACUACCGAGUCACUUCAACCACAAGAUUGAAAAGGACCAAAACAGACUAGCAUAUGUUCACAAUGAGAUCCUCUUUAAAAUGGAGACUCUUCCGGCCUUCUUCAAGCCUGUGCUGAUAAAUCUGAUCGGGUUCAUUGAGUGCGCUAAGGGAAACGGUAAAAAAGGGGCGCAAUGUUUUCGGAAUGUAACUAAGCUGGAUGAGAAGAAUGUGGUAUGCUUAUCAAACAAAGCUUAUCUUGCUUUAAAAAUCAACAAUUAUACAGAGGUUGAGAGGAUAAUCUCGGAUAUAUACAGAAUAUGUAAAACAACCAACCAAUCCAGCUCCAGUCAGAUUCACGCAGAAAUGGGACACUUUUAUCAGUGGUUUGGAUUAAACUGCGCUGCUGCGAGGGAAUAUAAAGAGUGUCUAAACCUGGACCCAGAUAAUUUGAUAGGCUGCUACGGUUUAGCUGUAGUGUUGUACGAUAUGUCAAAACAUGAAGGUCGCAUCAGUGGCUUCAAGUAUCUCAAUCGAUCUCUCGAUUUGUUUAAAAAGGUUUUGUCAAAGUGUGAGGAUUUCACGAUGGCGCGGAUAUACCACGCCAAGGCUAAAAACCAGUUGAUACUUAUAGUUUUACCUGAAUCUAAUGGGGAUGAAGAGGCCGACAGGAUUUUCACCCAGGUAAUGGAGACAGAUUGUGCUCCAGAUAUCCUGUGUAUGAUCGGGGAAGAAUAUUUAAAGUUAGGGAUAUUGGAAGGAGAACCCAGCGCUAUUUCUAUCUUUGAGAGGGCUCUUCAGAAGAAACCGAACUCGAAGGUGUACCAUCUAUUGGCUCUAGCAAUGCGAGCUACCUUCUUUAAAGCAAACCCUGACAUGCACGAAGUCUACAAACAAGGAUUAUUCGCCAAGACACAAAGCACCAUCAUUCAAGAGGAAGCAAAAAAGCCAGAUAUUAAAGAAAAGGGGCGGGGCGCUAAAAAGACCACAAAACCCCCAAAGGAAGCGGUAGAAUUGGACCAACAAAAUACUCUUACCGAGGAACAAGCAGCGAGUGAGAGACCAAAGGAACCACCUCGACUGGUUACAUUAGAGCAAGUUAUUGAUAUCCUCUCUACAGCAGUAAAACUAAGCCGUGGAGCAAACAGAGAAGCAGUAUUUGACUUAGCAGAAACACUGUGGCUCUCCGGAGAGAGAAUGAAAGCUGUAACUAACUUUGAGUUAGCCACUCGGUCGGAGAACUCUGCUAUCCAGAACAAAGCUCAUAUCAGACUAGCUCACGCGUUCCUUGAUACGGGGGAACUUACUCUGACAGAAUAUCAUCUGAGAAGUAUCAUGAAGCUGGAUGGUAAUCAGAAAGGUACAAAAAACAAAUCUGACUUCAACAGACUUCUCCACGAUCUUGCUAUAGCUUUUCUUAGAAAGCAUAAAGAUAAGAAUGCAGCGUAUUGGGUGGGAGUAAGUAUAAAGUACGAAACAGAAUACGCAGACGGGUUGAGGCAACACAUGGUAUUCACAAGGAGUGUAGAUUAACAUCUUAGCACGUGUUUUGGAGCUGGAGAUUGAGGAGCACGUGUUGUAGAUCACGUGUAUUGUAGAUCACGUAGAUCACGUAGAUCACGUGUUGUAUAUCACGUGUUGUAGUUCACGUAGAUCACGUGCUUGGGGACGAGGGGAUGCUGGUGAAAUAUCAAAAGAGGAGUGAUGUGUGAAAAGUUAGGAUAUAAAACGAACUGUUUAUAGGAUUAAUGGAAAUUUAGGAUUGAAGAUCUUUUAGCUUACUGUACUGUGCUUCUUUUAAAUAUGAGUGAUAACUGUAUAAAAACAUUGCCUGUAAUUCUGAGUUAAAUACAUGAUUAUCACACACUUUUACAAUAUUUGGACUUUC